UUUAGUUUAGUCAAAAAUUUAAAUUGACACACAUUAUCACGAGCUGUGGCAUGUGUUUGUAAAUAGAAAGUUUUAUAUUACUUCAACAAUGUUGAAAAUCAAAAGGCCAUGGAGAGAUGGCGUAAAAUUUUUUUCCACGCCUUUUCUGGAUACAUAAAGGGCACAUCCUGGAUGUCUGUUUUGCUGCUCACUUUUGGGCAAACAAAUUUGUGGACAGAAUGCUUAUUAUGUUAGCUGAAUUAAUUUAUGACAAACAGUUAUGAGUGAAAUAGAUCCUUUGAAACCUUCAAAAAGGAGCAAUAUCUCUCAUAAAUCGAAAAUGGAUGUUGUAUGUGUCAUUGAUUUGAUGAUACCAGACAAUCGGAAUCAAAGGCUGAAGGCUCAUGAAGAAAUUCAAAAGGUCUGUGAGUCACUCGCCAGCACCUACCAUCACAUCCCAUUUCAAAAACUAGAUUUUGAAGAGCUUAAUGUUAUAGAUUUGUUUUACAAUGCUGAUGUUGCUAUUGUUGAUCUUUCUGUUUUGGAUCAGCAAAAUCCCUUAUUUUAUAGGUUAGGUGUGCGAGAAAGCUUUGGAAUGAAGCAGAAUAUUUUGAUUUAUAAUGACAGUGCUCCAGAUCUUUCAGUUCCUUUGCUGCUUUCAUGUACAAAUUACACCUUAUUGUCUUAUAAAGUGAAUGAUAAUGGCUGUUGUGUUCUUACGGAGCCAUCUGGAAUAAGGCAUGAUGCGUCAGAGAGCAAAACUACGUUUAGUGGUCGUCUAAAAAAAAUGUUGCAAGAAGUAGAAGUUCAGACUAAGGCACAUAUGAAAGAAAAAUUCUUAUCAGAUCUUCGAAAAGCUCGGGAAACAUACUCUGGUGAUGAGUUAGCAAAGAUUUUACGAAAUAUGCGGAAACGUCUUGAUGAUCCUAAUAUAAUUUCUGGAGAUGUUGUUCUGAAUAUGCUAAUAUCUUUCAGAGAAAUUCAAGAUUAUGAUUCAAUGGUCAAAUUGGUUGAUGAUUUAAUGACAAUACCUAAUCUUAAAUUCACAUGUACUUCUACCAUUCAACAUUUGUAUGCUUUUGCUCUUAACAGGCGAAACAAAGAAGGUGAUCGUGAAAGAGCUUUAAAAGUGGUUACUACUGCUUUAGAAAAGAAGGAAAAUCAUUUUCCUGACAUGGUCUGUCUUUGUGGCAGAAUAUAUAAAGACAUAUUUGUAGAAUCUCAGCAUACAGAUCAAGAUAGUUUAGAAAAUGCUAUUAAAUGGUAUCGCCAAGGCUUUCAUGUUCAACCAAAUGAAUAUGCUGGAAUAAAUUUAGCUACUCUACUUGUGAUAGCCGGAAAUGAGUUUUCAAAAUCAUCUGAACUUCAGCAUAUUGGCAGAGUCCUAAAUAAUCUUAUUGGACGCAAAGGCAGCCUUCAUUCCCUACAAGAUUAUUGGGAUGUUGCAACAUUUUUUGAAAUCAGUGUGUUAGCUGAAGAUUAUGCAAAAGCCAUAGAAGCAUCACUGUGCAUGUUUGAAUUAAAACCUCCAAAUUGGUAUUUAAAAUCAACCAUUGGCAAUAUUGAGUUGAUUAACCGUUUUCGUAAAAAGCCUGAGCAUUUGGAACUUGGUGCGGAAGAACAGAUUUUCAACUUUUGGUUAGAAUUUUUUGUUGCUGCUUCAACUGAGGAUCAUUCUGAUGCAAUUAGAUUUCCUAUCUUGAUUCUGGAUCCUGGAAAGGUGUACAUGCCUAGUUAUGUCACUGUAAAUCUGGGGGCUGAAGAAAAAUCGAUUCAUAUUGUCAAUCUGUGCAUAAAAGCAUUGCAAAAACAAUGUGGAAAACUUCAUGAAUGGAAUUUUCCUGCUUCCACCAUAAAGAGCUUCAGCCUAUAUAAAAGAGAUGAAAGAUGCCUUCUCCUGUAUGUUUACCAGAAUUCAGAUGAUUUUCAAAUUUUCCUUCCAUCUGGAGCAAUGAGAAAUCGAUUUCAUGACUUACUUUUGGAAAUGACUGCUGAUCAAGAUGGAAUUAUAACUGAUCUUAACACAGAUGUUGAAGCUGAUGUUAUUAAGUUUGAAUAUGAAUUGGAUAAUCAGCAAAAACGUAUUGUUUUGGGCAAAGGAACUUAUGGUGUUGUGUAUGCUGCUAUAGAUGUGACAACACAGGUUCAAAUUGCCAUUAAGGAAAUUCCAGAAAGAGAUAUUGGUGUUGUGCAGCCCCUUCAUGAAGAAAUUAAACUGCAUUCUGAAUUACGGCAUAAGAACAUUGUCCAGUAUUUAGGAUCUGUAAGUGAAGAUGGAUACUUUAAAAUUUUUAUGGAGCGUGUUCCUGGAGGCAGUUUAUCUCAAUUACUACAAAGCAGAUGGGGACCAUUAAAAGAUAAUGAAGUGACUAUAUCUUAUUAUACUAAGCAAAUUUUAGAAGGUUUGAAAUACUUACAUGAUCAAAAAAUUGUUCAUCGUGACAUCAAAGGUGAUAAUGUCCUUGUGAAUACUUACAAUGGAGUGGUUAAGAUAUCAGAUUUUGGAACUUCGAAACGAUUGGCUGGAAUUAAUCCUGCAACACAAACCUUUGCAGGAACCCUGCAAUACAUGGCUCCGGAAGUCAUUGACAAAGGGCAGCGUGGUUAUGGAGCUCCAGCUGAUAUUUGGUCCCUUGGGUGUACUGUUGUUGAAAUGGCUACUGGUAAGCCUCCAUUUGGGGAACUGGGCUCAGCUCAAGCAGCAAUGUUCAAAGUGGGUUACUUCAAAAUUCAUCCUGAAAUACCAAGCAGCAUGUCUGAACGAGCAAAGAAUUUUAUUUUGAGGUGCUUUGUUGCUGAUCCGGAUCAAAGGGCAACUGCAGCUGACCUUUUGGAAGAACCAUUCAUUCUUGAGCCUAGUCGCAAGAAGAAACACCCUAGGAUGCCUCCUCCAGAUUACAGCAGAAGUAUUUCUGUUCCUGAAAGAGCUCCAAAAUUCGAAAAACCGGAGAAAGUUGAAAGAUUUGCAAGCACUGGUGAUGAAAACAUACCAGUUACUGCCAUAUGCAAGACAAGUCCAGGUAACUCCCUGAAGAUUCCUACACCAUUCACCUUUAGCACUGAUUCCAGUGAAAGAAGAUCUAGUACUAUUUUAUUGAGCCCUCCUAUUGAUAGUCCACAAGCAGACCAAGAACAUGGAAUGUUUUAUUUGCUGAAAAAAGAUACUCAGCGAAGAGCUUUCACAAUAAAAAUGCUGUCAGAUAAUGAUGAAACAAUCUGUGAAAUUUGGAUGAAAGAUUUAACUCAAAAAACACCUGGAAUACUUCUUACGAUGGAUCAUUUAAAAUUGUUACUUGAUGGUUUGCGAGAAUAUAUUCCUGAACAAGAUCGCCAGCCUCUCCAACAAACUAUUAGCUGUCUUAAAGAACAAGUGGAAAAUGAUGAUAAAGCUGUGAACCAUAUGCAGCUAGCAUUGUAUAUAUUUCAAGAUGCAGUAAAACCUGUUUUGAAACAGCAAAAUAUCAUGCCUCACUGGGUUUUUGCUAUUGACAAUUUGAUUAGAAGUGCUGUUCAUGUUGCAAUAUCAAUUCUUUCCCCUGCAGAACCUGAGGAAUCGACUUCUAUAGUUAUGUCUGUCACUACUCCUACUAAAUCAACUGGGCAGUUGUAUUCCAAUUCAGAAGUACUACAAAUUAUGCAGCAAAAUGAUUGUUUAGUCCAAGAAAACAUUAGGCUUAUGAAUGAAUUAACUGCAGCAAAUGAAGUUUAUCACGAACUAUUAAGAGCUUCAAUUGAUGAAAAGAAAAAGCAAAUUGAACUUCUUAAACAAGAUAUGACUGAUGAUACUAUCAGACAUAAUGGAGCUAAAUUGCAACACUUUAUUGAUUCAGCUACAGACAGUGAGGAAGGUGAUAUUAAAGAAUGGCUUGUUGAGAUAAAUGCUGAUCAGGAGUCUAUUGAUGUAUUUGUUUCUGAGAAAUUUUCAAAAAGUGAUGUAUUAUCGUUGAUGACUAGGGAAGAUCUUCGUCAUUUGGGUUUGAAGAGAGGAAUGGAAUUACGUAUUUGGAGAGCUAUUCUGAGUCAUCGACGAAACCUGUAAAUUAGUUCAUUGUAUAUUAAGAGUUCAUGUUCACACAUCAGUUUGGCAGCAUCGUUUGGUGUUUUUUUUUUUACAUCUUUGUUUGAAGUUCAUUAUACAAAAUACUUAUGUAAACAUUUUCAUUAUUUGAAGAAUUAAUACUAAAAUUAAAGCAAUUUACAAGUUGCAUAAUUAAAAACGACUCAGACAUGAUUGUGAAAUGUUAGAAAAAUUUUAAAGUAAAAAGUUGAUUACCAGAGAAAAUCUUUUUUUUUUCAUCCUAAACUUUGAUGUGUUUUUUUUUAUAAAAUAGUUUUACUGUUUUAUAAGUAAUUCUCUUAUCUGCUAAAUCUAGAUUGAAGACUAAUUUAUUAAUAUGAUAUGAACAUUUCACUGUGGAUUAUUGUUUUGAACUUCCACAAAAUAUUGGUUCUGCUUUGCUAGUGUAAGCUUAUUAUUUACUAGUGUACAUAAAUGUAAGUACUCCAAAAAACUGUUAUUUUCAAAUCCUACAUGCAUAGUUUAAUUGUAAUUUUCAAUUGCUUUUCAAUGAUGUGAAAGUUGAUUGAAAUAACUAGUACUUGGACCUUAUGUUUUAAUAUCUCAGAAAAGUAACCAUCUUUUUAUUACAUAUCGUCGUCUCAGAGCAACAGUAGGAUAUCUUAGUGUUAUUCCUGGGGUUAGAUGUCUUAGUGUUGCUCUGAGGCAACAAUAUGUAAAAUUAUUAACAAUCUCUCAGUGUAUCAUUUUAAAUCAGAAAGAAAAUAAAAAUGUGACAAAUUUCC